UGCACAAAACACUGCAUCCUGAUUCUGAAUUCGAGGCUUUCCUUCACAACUUUUCAAGCUUCUGAAAUUCCCCUAGGCUUAGCUUUUUCUGUUUGUCUAAACCAGCUUUUUCCUUAUCCAAACCACACAGAAAAGAGAUGGCAAACGAGCAGAUGAAGCCAGUUGCUACACUUCUUUUGGGGCUCAACUUCUGCAUGUAUGUCAUAGUUUUGGGCAUUGGUGCAUGGGCCAUGAACAGAGCAAUAGAUUAUGGUUUUAUUAUAGGUCAAGGAUUGGAACUUCCUGCUCAUUUUUCACCCAUACACUUCCCUAUGGGAAAUGCUGCCACUGGAUUCUUUGUCACAUUUGCUUUGAUUGCUGGAGUUGUAGGGGCUGGAUCACUGAUUUCAGGGCUUAAUCAUAUCCGUUCAUGGACUUCAGAGAGCUUGCCGUCUGCAGCUUCAGUUGCUGUCAUUGCAUGGUCUCUUACACUUCUUGCCAUGGGAUUUGCAUGCAAAGAGAUUGAACUUAACGUCAGAAAUGCCCGCCUGAAAACAAUGGAGGCUUUUCUGAUUAUCCUCUCAGCCACACAGCUUUUCUACAUAGCUGUUAUUUAUGCUGCUGCUGCAUCACCAAGGAGAUAAACUUCAUAUUAGUUGAUUGAAUGUGUUGAUGUGAUUGUCUAUUUUCCCCCCCUCGUCUCUUCUCCUUUUCUUACCUCCUUGAAUUAUUCAUUUUCUUUUUGUCCAUCUAAGUAUUCCCAUUUACAAACUUCAUUGUGGUUUGAUUUAUUUUUACAUGAUUGGAUUUGUAUUAUUUAAGUUGUGUACAAAAAAAAAUUGAAGAUGAAUAUAACUUGUAUUUUUUUA